ACCGACCAAUCGGGUGCCUUCCUCUGCCUGAGCCACCGCAGUAGCCGGGCAGGAUUGGAGGAUGCUUGGAGGAGAGAUAGAUGCGCACACAAGCACCGGCUCGCCUCGCUCGUCCCGUCGCCCGCACACACACACGGGGAGAAAGGGAGAGUAUCAGCUCUCCGCAAGCCGUGCAGUCAAGCUCUGCCCUGGAGAGGAUGACAGCGGUAGGGGGAGGACAUUGAAAGAGAGACGGAGGAGAGGAGAAAUGAGGAACACACUCUAACUCGUGCUUCGUUUUCACCGUGAAUCAGCUGUCAUGUGUGUUCAGGGGAGUGCACGCGGACAGGAAAUCCAGAAUGGCUUCCGGGAUUAACCUCUGCUCUUGGUAGAACUACCCAGAAGUUCACGUCCAUUUGCACAGCAUCUCAGAGCUGGGGAAAUUCCAUAAUGUAAAUUAAUGUCUUGCAUUUUUUUCGUUAAACCUUCUGCUUUGGGCCAUGAACCUUAGAGGAUCUACUGGGACGACCUUUUCCUCAGUUUGGAUUUAGAUCCCUCUUUUACUGGGACUACUGCACAGGCCUGCAGCGGUGGCUAUUGGUGGCGGCUGCGGCGGCGGUGGUGGGAGGACCUUACCACCUUGGAACACGGGGAUAACUUUACAAAAGCACGUGCCACCAUGAGGAUAUCCACCACCUCCUGUCUCUGUCCCUUUCUGGUCUGCCUCUGCUUCAUCCAGAGGUGCUGUGGGGCGAGCCACCAUGUCCCCAGUAAUGUGCCCUCCAAGAACCAGACCAAACUGGCCAACGGAGAGACGGAGGUGCACCACAGGCCUAAGCGUGGCUGGAUCUGGAACCAGUUCUUUGUUUUAGAAGAGCACAUGGGACCAGAUGCACAGUAUGUGGGGAAGCUUCACUCAAACUCAGAUAAAGGUGAUGGAUCCGUCAGGUACAUUCUGAGUGGGGAAGGAGCUGGGACUAUAUUUAUCAUCGACGAAGUGACAGGAGAUAUUCAUGCCACUAAGAGCCUGGAUCGGGAAAGGAAAACACAUUAUGUCCUGCAUGCACAAGCCUUGGACCGCAACACAGAGGAAGCCCUGGAACCAAAGUCGGAAUUCAUCAUCAAAGUACAAGACAUCAAUGACAAUGCGCCCAAAUUUACAGAUGGACCCUUUGUAGCUACGGUGCCUGAGAUGUCUGAAGUGGGUGUUUCAGUGUUGCAAGUCACGGCAACUGAUGCUGACGAUCCCACCUAUGGAAACAGUGCCAGAAUAGUCUACAGUAUUCUACAAGGACAGCCAUAUUUCUCCGUCGACCCCAAAACAGGAAUUAUCAGGACUGCCUUAGCUAACAUGGACCGGGAAGCCAGAGAACACUACACUGUUGUUAUCCAAGCCAAAGACAUGGCAGGCCAGGUCGGAGGCCUCUCUGGCUCCACCACCAUCAACAUCACUCUGACAGACAUCAACGACAACCCACCCAAGUUUCCCCAAAAAAAUUACCAGCUGUACGUCCCUGAAUCAGCUCAAGUAGGGAAACCGGUAGGGAAGAUCAAAGCCAAUGAUGAGGACCUUGGCAUCAAUGCAGACAUCAAGUACAGCAUCAUUAACUCAGAGGGGGCCAAUAUGUUCUCCAUAUCCACAGACAGGGACACGAGAGAGGGAAUCAUCAGCCUCAAAAAGCCUCUGAACUACGAGAGGAAGAAGACCUACACUCUCCACAUUGAGGGGGUGAAUACACAUGUGGAUCCUCGUUUUUCCUAUCUUGGUUCUUUCAAAGACACUGCCACCCUUAAAAUCACAGUUGGGGAUGUGGACGAAGCUCCUGUCUUUUCUAUAAAUCAUUAUAUCAUGGAUGUAUAUGAGAACGCACCCAGUGGCACAGAAGUGGGCGCUGUAACGGCUCGAGAUCCUGACAGCAGGAACAGUCCUGUCAGAUAUUUCUUGGACAGCAAAGAGGAAGGAGUAAGGUACUUCAGAAUCGAUGAAAACAGUGGAGUUGUACGGACGACACAGCCUCUGGACAGGGAAGACAUGCCUUGGCACAACAUCACUGUGAUGGCCUCGGAGGUUGACAACCCCAGCCUUCUCAGUCACGUUCCUGUUACCAUCCAGGUGCUGGACAUGAACGACAAUCCACCAGAAAUAGCUACAGACGAGGAGGUCAUUGUGUGUGAGAGCUCAAGGCCGGGACAGGUGAUCCAGACUGUCACAGCAGUGGAUAAGGAUGACUUUGCCAAUGGACAGCGGUUUUCUUUUGCUUCGCCAAGCCAGCUACCAGUUAAUCCCAACUUCACCCUGAAAGACAAUGAAGACAGCACGGCCAGCAUCAUUGCUAGGCGACGGCGUUUCAACCACCUGACCCAAGAGCUGUACGAGCUGCCCAUUGUGGUGUGGGAUGGUGGGGAGCCAUCACUGAGUGGCACCAGCACCUUGACCCUGCGGGUGUGCCCAUGCCAACGCCACGGCAGGAUCCGGAUGUGCCAAGGCGAGGCGUUCCUCUCCUCAGCGGGUCUCAGCACGGGGGCUCUGAUUGCCAUCCUGCUGUGCAUCGUCAUCCUGCUGGCCAUCGUGGUUCUCUUCAUCACACUGAGACGAAGCAAGAAAGAGCCCCUUAUCAUCUCCGAAGAGGACAUCCGAGAGAAUGUGGUCACCUACGACGACGAGGGCGGAGGCGAGGAGGACACCGAGGCCUUUGACAUCAUCGCCCUUCGUAACCCAGCUGCCGCUGAAGAGCUCAAGUUCCGACGGGACAUUCGCCCAGAGGCAAGGCAACACUGCGGCCUGCUCCGCAGCCGCCGAAGCCCGUCAGUGGAGCUGGACGAGGUGGAUGUGCACGAGUUCAUCAAGCAGAGACUGGUGGAGGCCGACAUGGACACCAGUGUGCCGCCCUACGACUCCCUCCAGACCUACGCUUACGAGGGCCAGGGCUCACCCACAGGAUCCAUCAGCCCUUUAGACUCUCCUGGCACGCAGUCAGAGCAGGAUUAUAACUACCUGGACGACUGGGGGGCUGAGUUCCAGAAACUGGCAGAACUCUAUGGAGAGGCAGAUUCAGAUGUGACCACCUAGUCUGUGAUUUCACUCCUGUUCAAACUAAAUCUGUUUGAAAUCCGUUUUCAAAAUUUCAUUGAACAAUAUAGACAAGCAGAGAUGCUUUCAAACUGUUCCAGUGGUUUUCAACUUCAACUGUUGAACUAAAAAGACUUCUGUAUUUUUUUUGCAUUUUUUUUUCUCCUUUGUCGCUUUGGAUCAUGGGUCGUUCAUUUGGAAGUAUUACAUCAGAUUUUGAGAUGGAAGAAUAACAAUAUGGGGAAAAAGGAAAAUGAUAUUUUCCUUGGUGUAUAUUUUUUAUUGCUCAAUAAAGUCCUGAAAUCCAUAUGAGUGGAUGUGAAAAAAUUGUACAUUUGUCUUCUUCCUCCAAGAAUGGAUAUACAGUACAGAAUGCAGUUAAGUUUAUCAUGAUAGGAGGCAUUACCAAAGGUGUUCAUGAUUCACCACACAGAGAGUGAUGCUGAGCCAGCCAUAUGCACAAUGACACCUUCAGUCAAAUGAGCUUACAAUAUGUUUUGUGUAAUUUAUUCCAUGCUGCCAUUAUCUGUGAAUCACUCAUUAAAAUCAGUCAUAUAUGGGAAUAUAUGUAAAUUUUUCCAAGCUUCUUUUAUAUCAACUUUAGAGUGGCAAGGUAAUACAGAAUGACUUUUAUAAAAUGCAACUUUAAGUGGAUAAUGUUGUCACAACUAGCAUCUUUAAUAUAUACAGCAUUAUAGUUAUCAAUUAAGGUGAAUGUAUUUAAUCCAAAGCGAACAAUGAAUGCGAUUGACUUUUUCCCAAAGCCACAAUCUUUUAGCUAAUGCUUAAACCUGUGAUCCCAUCAAGAUAUGCAGUAAAUACAUUUUGCUGACUGAUUUUCUGGAGCCACAGGACCCAAAAAUGCAACCUUGGUAUCCUGUUAUGUCUCUGGUCACCUGGCAUAUUUAAGUCUAAUAUUCAUUCUCCUUUUAGGUUUUGGUCUCUACCACCUCCUGAGGGAAAUAUCGUGCUCUGUAGCUGCUAAAUUUUCCAUUAUGUUCACCAGCUAGUUGCUAACUUUGUCAGUCUGUCAUUUGGUGCUGAAAAGUCAGUAUACAGUGGGUUUUAAUAGCUCUUUUAUUAAAAACAGUUGCCUGAAACGAGAACAAUAAGAGUGAACCAAAACUGCAAAGAUGUAGGCCAUAAUACCAAAACAAUGGGCUGAAAGAUGUUAUAAAGCUCUGUUGAACUGAGGGAAACUGCAGAGUCAGGUGAUAUUCUGUGGUUUCAUUACUACGA